AUGGCAGAUGCAAUGGCGCUGUCCAGUGAUUACACACUGCCACCCAAAGAUUCGGUGUUUAGUACACUCCUGCGAGGCUUGAAAACAUUUUCGGAGGAUCUGCAAGUUGGGGCCACUGACUCAAGUGCCUUGGGCUAUGGCUGGGCACAGAUGCCAUCUGCAGCACGAAUUGCUGCGCCUCAGCUCCUCCAGCCAAAGCCGCCAACUCUGGCACUUACGCUUCGAACCAGUGACCGUGAUCCAAAGCCAGCGAAGACGGCAAGAGCGACGGCGACGACGGCGAGGACUGCGAGGGAGAUCGCAAAGGAGACCCCAAACAGUUCAGCCACACACUUGCGCCAUGCGAGAAGGCCGCGGUCAGCUGGUGCGCGUCAGUCCUUCCAGCGCUUGCCGAAAGAGUGUCAAUCACCACGGCAGGGAUUGCCUCGCAUGCCUCGUCCUGAAGCUUCCCCGGAGGGGCAGCCCAGACGGCGAGGCUCCUUCACUUCCCACGAGGCUCCAGCCAGCCAAGCUGCAAGCCCCUUAGCUUACACACUUCCUCCUGCAAAGUCUUGCCGGCAGCGCUCGCAAAAGAAGAUUUCCUCUUGCGUAGACUCAACGCCCCCUGCAGAGAGAAAGAAAAUGGCAAGCACGGCACCUCCGCAACAUUCAGCGUGGGAUUCCUUCGAUUCGAGAUCACAGGGACCGUCCAAGACCAAGGGCAAGCCUACUGAACAACCACAAGCUGCACAAGCUGCUGUACAAGUUGCUGCAUAUACUGCACAAGCUACUGCACCAGCCGCUGUGCCAGCUGCCCAACCUGUCCGACAACCUCAGGCCCAGCGAGGUGCAAACGCAGACACGGUCGGAAACGCUCUGACACAAGAGGAAAGAGAUCUGAGUUCCAGUAGACUCCAGAGCACCAACAAGACAGUAAUUGGCACACAAGCGCCGCAAGUCUCCCCACGCAUGAAGUUGCCAUCAGUGGCCAAGCCACCGCGGAUGAUGGAGGAUUUCGUUGCCCAAUCGAGUCAGCACUUGCUAUCCCUUCCGGGAACGCCGCAACUCACGUGGCGAACUCUGGAUUCCGAGUCUGACUAUCGCGAGCUCAAGCAAGGUGAGUAUUUCAACCACUUCUUUCACAACAGGGCGCUUACAACCAAGGCGGGUCUGGCGCAGUCUCUGAAGGAACGGUCUAUAUCUGGUGGUGUCAAUGCCGACACAUUCUUUCCACGGUGUUAUGAUAUUGCCCAAAAAAGUGAGAGAGAUGAUUUCGUGCUCGACUACCGGCGUUCUGCUGCACUACGAAUUGCCCUGCUGCAUCAGCGGCUGCAUCGAGACCAAGAAUCAAUGCAGCUUUCUACGGGUGCCACGUACUCGUGCAACGAAACAGUGCUGCUUGCAUGCAAGCGAGUUCUUCAGCGAUGGUGCUUGGAUCUGGAUCCCGAACAUCUGGAUGAAGAGGGCAGUGACGGACAGCAGAUGUGCGAAGACCUCUGGGAUGCACUGGUGCUGUACAGCGAGCUUACGCAGCCGGAGCUGUGCUCAGGCAUCGCGAACGCGGCGAACCUACGUAUUCAAAGGCGUGCUUUGAUUCGACCCGGAGGCGGUGACUUAAAGAAUUCUGAGGAGACGCCGCGGAGCUCUGUGGAACGGUCUGAACGGAGAGAGCGCCCUGGCAUUUUGAGAGAGUGGCCGGAGUUUGUUAGCCAUUCCUGGGGGCGACUCGACAGCGGCUCGCAGUUGGCGCUCGAGCAGGUACUGGAGAAACUUGAGAAGCUGUUUCCGCAAUGGCCUUUGCAUGGAAGUUGGUCUGGGCAAAACGUUUGGAUUGUGAAGCCGGGCACGAAUAGCAAAGGGAAUGGGAUUCAUUGCAUGAGCAACCUCGCGGAGCUGCUGCAUCAUUGCGACCGAAUGCCGAACCGACUUGUUCAGAAGUACAUUGAGAGGCCCCUUCUCCUCUUCAGUGGCCGCAAAUUCGACAUCAGACAGUGGGUCUUGGUGAGAUCGGUCCGUCCACUGAAGGUGUUCAUGUUCAGCGAAUGCUAUCUGCGCCUCUGCAAUGGCAUGUAUGACCUCGGCGAUUUGCGUGACCGGGAGCGGCACAUCUCAAACUGGCAAGUGAACAAGCACGGUAAAAAUGUCGUGGAGGGCGCCGUUGUGUCCUUAGAAGACUUCCGAGACCAGCUUUGUGAGCUGACUGGCCGCCAGGACUAUUGGGAGACGGUCCUACUGCCAGAGAUCAAGCAAAUUGUCGUCGAGGUAAUGCGCUCGGUAGAUGCCAGCCUGCAGCCCCGAACGGAGAGCUUCGAGCUCUUCGGCUUUGACCUCAUGGUGGACGAGGCGAUGAAGCCUUGGCUCCUCGAGGUGAACCUUAGCCCUGGCUGCGAGAGCCGCGUGUCGUUCCUCGAGCGGAUGCUGGCUCGCAUGACUCGGCGCAUGAUUGAGGUUGCAGUUCUCGGAAAGGAAGAUCCGGAUGGGGAAAUGCCUGACUGGAUCAAGAUUUGUGAUGACACUGCCGGCACACAAGAGAUCAAUGCAAGUCUGGACACACCCAGGCCAUGCGCCGAUUUAACAAUCCACGGAACGCCGCUUCGGCCACGGCGUGCUGUGGCUGGCAGUGUCCCACUGCGGCCAGUCCAUCCAUCCCAAGAGGUGUGCAACCUUGAGAUUCAGGCACAGCAAGCGCACUGCGGCUCACAGAUCGAAGAAGACGUUGGUCGCGAUGAAACGGUUGGCGUUUCCAAGGCUGCAAGUUUCGACAAUGACUGGCAGAUUCAGGAGUCAGAAGACAGGCCCAAAGAAGAUGCGCACAACUUGGCUGGGGCAGAUCAUGAUGGCGACAAGGAUGACAAUAUCCAGGAAGAGGCAUGUGACGAAGAGCCCAGAGCUGUGUCCUUUGCCACGUUUGCCACUUCUGCAGAGGAAGGCAAAGGCAGAGCAAAGGACUUGGGCCGGAAGGGCACAGGAUUUUUAUGGAAAGAAGAUGUGGCGAACCUCGUACAAGAGGAAGAGGACGAGGAGGACGAGGAGGAGGAGGGAGCUGCAAAGAGAGUUGCCUUCGAGAGGUCGGUAGAGGAGGCUAAAUCCGAGCAGAAGGGAGGACCGGUGGCGCGCAAAGGCACAGGUUUCGUCGACAUGGCCGAGCUGCCCUCAGAGGAGGAGGAGGAGGAGGAGCCUGGCGGGCAAAAGCACGUGGCCUUCGACCCUUCGGCGCAGGCCGGCACAGAUGCGGGUCCGGCAGUGCGGCGGGGCACUGGCUUCGUCAGCACUGCCGAUUUGCCCUCUGACGAAGAGGAAGACGAUGAGACGGUUCCCGGGGCCCGCGUGGCCUUCGACCCCGCCACGCAGGCUAAAUCCGAGCAGAAGGGAGGACCGGUGGCGCGCAAAGGCACAGGUUUCGUCGACAUGGCCGAGCUGCCCUCAGAGGAGGAGGAGGAGGAGGAGCCUGGCGGGCAAAGGCACGUGGCCUUCGACCCUUCGGCGCAGGCCGGCACAGAUGCGGGUCCGGCAGUGCGGCGGGGCACUGGCUUCGUCAGCACUGCCGAUUUGCCCUCUGACGAAGAGGAAGACGAUGAGACGGUUCCCGGGGCCCGCGUGGCCUUCGACCCCGCCACGCAGGAAGGCAGCGGCGGGCUCGUGGCUCGAGUUUCGACGGGAGCUGUAAAGAGGACGCACGAGCCGCGCGAGCAGGCUGAAGUCGACGAGGUUGCCGACUCCCCAAAGCAGGCUCCACGUCUUCAGGUAAACAAGCAGAAGACAAGCCGACUGGGAACUGGCGACUUGGCGCAGCUCUCCUCGGAUGAAGAGGCCGAGGAAUUCGUGUCGCUGCAAGCUGGGGUGGGUUCGGGCCGAAGCCACGGUAUCUUCUCUUUUCCCUCCGGGGCCACGGGAGGGGUCAAGUGA